AUGCAUAGAAAUCCCCUAUACCACAUUGUAAUUCUUGGUUACUUUGUCACUGGAAUCUCAGCAAUCAUUCCAAAACCAUACGAAUAUAAUCAAACUUCACUGUUGUGUAACAUUGUUGAAACACUUGAAUUUAUUCAUGAGCAUCAUUCUUGUUUCAUUCUAAUGGAGGCGUUGAAACGAUUCACUCAACGUCUUACCCGCAUAUAUACACCAUUACAGCCUUCAGAUGACACCGUCGUUACAAGUUGUUUUGUCACCGCGUUGUCUAUCCAUAUAGAACAAACAUGUGAUGAAAGGGAAAACAAACUCUGGCCGUCUGAUAUGAUGGAUGAGUCGUACUUGGUGAACAUAACUGAUGGGGUAAUAGAAAUUUCUUCCCAAGAGAUAUGGGGAACACUUCGAGCAUUAGAAACUAUUCUUCAACUUGUCUACAGAAGUGAACCAGAUUCGAAAGUCAUUUAUCAAGGUGUUAUCAAUGAUGUGCCGAUAUUUACACAUCGUGGAAUUAUGAUCGACACUGCUGGACAUUUUCUCAGUAUUUCUGAAAUCGAGAAGAUGAUAGAUGCAAUGUCCAUGGUUAAAAUGAACACUCUUCAUUGGCAUGUGACAGAUGAUCAAUCCUUUCCAUUCUUCUUUUUCUCACUUCCUGAUCUAUCGAGAUGGAACUCUUAUGAUGACAGAAUUGCGGUAUAUUUGCCGGAUGAAGUAACCGGAUUAUUGGAGUAUGCACGUUUAAGAGGUGUACGUGUGAUACCAGAAUUUGAAACUCCAGCUCAUACCAAAAUGUGGGCUGUAUUUACACUUCCAAUACUCACUGUCUGCUUUAAAGAUGGCAAACCAAGUUCUGAAUAUGGUCCAAUAAAUCCAACGGAUAAUGCUACAUACACGUACUUACGUCCAAUUUUCCAUGAAGUCCUCAGUGUAUUCCCUGAUAGUAUGAUACAUCUGGGCGGUAGAGAUGUGUCAUAUGAAUGUUGGAAAUCCAAUCCUUUCAUCCGGAACUUUAUGAAUGACAAAGGAUAUGGGGAUGACUACACAAAAUUGGAGAGUUAUUAUUUUCAGCGACUUAUGACGACUAUUCUAGGCGCAAAUUCAUCAGAAUGGACAGCAUCACCGAUUGUUUGGCAAGAUGUAUUCGAGAAUGGAUUUCGUGAAGAAGUUCCUGUCAUUGUUCACUUGUAUAAACCUGGUUGGGAGCAAGUUUUGGAUGAUGUCACAAAAGCCGGAUAUACAGCCAUAUUGAGUUCAUGUUGGGAUUUGAGUACAGUGGAACCUGGUGAUGACUGGAAGAGAAUCUAUGAAUGUGACUCUAUUUCAUUUGAAGCCACAGAUGAACAGUUCAGCUUGAUAGUUGGAGGAGAAGCUCUAUUAUGGGGUCAAUACAUUGAUGAUGCCAACCUAUUCACUGAAACAUGGCCAUUAGCUGCAGCUGUAGCUGAACGUCUAUGGUCUCAAGAGCAGUCUGAAACAGAUGAAUUCGCACAACGCUUACAUGAUCUUCGAUGUCAAAUGUUGAGAUGGGGAUGGCCUGCUCAAGUAGUAACUGGACCUGGAUUCUGUUAUCCAUAAAUGGAAGUGACUGUUAACAUCUUCAUCAGGAGGAGA